AAAAAUAAAACAUAAAAAAUAAAAUAGGGAGCAAUCUAGGAUCAUCGUUUCCCCAUUUCUCUUUCUUUUUCGCGAAAACGCUUGAACAAUAAGCACGGGCCACCGCCGAAGCUGCGAAUCUUCGAGUUCCCAACAACUCCUCCCAUGCUCCGCUUCCUCCUCAACAAACCCUACCGCUCCGCCGCCGCCGCCGCCGCCGGAUUCUUCGCCGUCGCCGCCGUCGCCUCCUCCCAUUCCGCCGAGGCGACUGUUUCCGUCUCCCUUCCUCCCCCGCGUCAUUUCUUAUCCACGCCAGCUGAGCUGAUCUUGGGAGAUUAUCGUUUUCCGUCACUCUUCUCGAUUCCUCUAGCAGAUGUAGGUUUUCCGCUGCGGCAUUCCUUUGUAGAUAGCUCCGUUCCAUCCGCAACCUUAAACAAGGAAGCUUCGGGCAAGAGCGAGGAUGAUUCGAGGUGCUGCCCGGGAUGCUUGGGCAGGAAGUCGAUCGUCAAGGCAGCGGCCACUGCUGGUCCCGCAGUUGUAAAUAUUUCCGUCGCGCAUGGUAUUCAUGGAUUAAUGCUUGGGAAAAGCAUUGGGUCUGGAACAAUCAUCGAUCCUGAUGGAACCAUUUUGACCUGUGCCCAUGUUGUGGUAGAUUUCCAAAGCACAAGAGGUGUUUCUAAGGGAAAGGUUGGUGUGACUUUACAAGAUGGCCGUGAAUUUGAGGGCACUGUCGUCAAUGCUGAUCUCCACUCAGAUAUUGCUGUUGUGAAGAUCAAAUCCAAAACUCCUCUACCAGUCGCAAAACUUGGCUCAUCCUCGAAGCUUCAACCUGGUGACUGGGUUGUUGCUCUUGGCUGUCCUCUUUCCCUGCAAAAUACCAUUACUUCUGGUAUUGUGAGCUGUGUUGACCGGAAAAGUAGCGAUCUGGGUCUUGGAGGAGUUCGAAGAGAGUAUCUACAGACUGAUUGUGCAAUCAACGAGGGAAACUCAGGUGGCCCUCUUGUGAAUCUGGAUGGUGAGGUUGUGGGAAUCAACGUUAUGAAAGUUGCAGCUGCUGAUGGUUUGAGCUUUGCUGUGCCGAUUGACUCGGUCGUCAAAAUUAUAGAGCACUUCAAGAAAAGAGGAAGAGUCGUGAGGCCGUGGCUUGGGCUAAAGAUGCUGGAUCUUAAUGAAAUGAUUGUUGCUCAGCUCAAAGAAAGAGAUGAUUCUUUUCCAGAUGUAAGCAGAGGCGUGCUUGUUUCCAUGGUUACUCCAGGAUCACCAGCUGAUCAUGCUGGAUUUCGCCCUGGUGAUGUAGUUGUGGAAUUUGAGGGUAAACGUGUUGAAGGCGUCAAAGAGAUUAUAGACAUAAUGGGUGAUAAAGUUGGGCAGCCUUUAAAGGUGCUUGUCAAGCGCACGAAUAACAAAUCGGCAAUGUUGACUGUAAUACCAGAGGAAGCCGAUACCGGCCGGUGACGCCAUUCAUAUGCGAAAAGGCGGGAGAGAGAUUCUGCUAGAAUACACUUGGAAUUAAGCGGGUGGGGAGUGUUUAUUUUUUUCCUUUUAGAUUAAAUAUCUAAUGGGUAUUAUGGGAUUUUUUUUUUUAUUAGGCAGACGAUUUUGAUUAAACAACUUGGUGGACGAUUUUGGUUAAACAAAUUUCAGAUUUUUUUAUUUUUUAUUUUUUUGGGGGGCUUAGAUAACUGCAUAUGUGAAUCAGGCUUGAUUUGUAGCUAUGAACUACUGUGUUGACAGUGCGUACAUUCCUCUGUUGUUAGUCUUGAAUCUGUCAUCAAAUAGAUGCGACUCUCUAUGGAAAUAAUGAUACCCUGUCACAAUCUUGUAAAUAAAUCAAAUUUGGCUUUGGUCAGUUUCUUUCA